AUGUGUGGUUAUGGAACUCCUCACUGCUGGAAGACACGUAAAAAGGAGGAAAAUAGAAUUGGAAAAGGUCCCAACAUAUAUUUAUGCUGCUUGAAAAAAUGGGAUUCCCACCUCCUGAAUCCUUCUGUCAAAUACUAA